GCUUCUACAAGCUCAUAAUCCCCUCUCUUUUCUCCCCGAUGCGCACCAGCCCCUACCAUGACGUCCGCUUCAAGCAAGCAUUUCUGUUGUACCAUCUGUCAGCGAGGUUUCACGCGCAUUGACCACCUCAAACGCCAUGAACUCCGACACACCGGUGUCAAACCAUACUCAUGCAUCUUUUGUACUGAGUCCUUCGCGCGUUGCGAUAACCUCCGCGACCACUAUACCGACUGCGACAAGCGCGGCGACCAGAAGGUCCCGGAAACCGGACAGAGGGGCAGACGGCGACAUGCCUGUCAAUCGUGCACAUCAAUGAAAUUGCGGUGCGAUGGACAAAGUCCCUGUGGUUCCUGCCAGAAACGAAAUCUACCGUGCAACAAUGAGCGCAAAAAGCAGCCCACUGGCCUCGACCUGGCCUCGGGCGCCAAAUCGACAAAUCGCGAGGACUACAGCGGCACCUCCGAUCGUGGAUCGAUCAACUUCCUUCUGAAUGGCGGCUCCGACAGUUUUACAGAAGAAUUUCGACUCCCUCCCUGCAGCGACCGCAGUCGAGGCUUGAAAUACCACACGCAGAUGGGACUCAAGGAGGCAAGGUCCACGAUGCUGGACUACCAGAUGGAGCUAGAUCAAUUGGAUAUCGCCCCGGCUUAUAUCGAAGCCGAUUCCGCGACACGCACUUUCUUUCAUGAUACCUUCCUCGAUUUCUUCAACGGUCCGUUCGAGAGUCCACCCAAGCUCAUCGGCACAUCGCCAUAUAGUACCGGGUCCGAGUUUAGUGCGAGCCUGCCGCCAGCUCAAUUUAGUAUGGCACAGCCCGGCGAGCAGCCGUACGGACCGGAACAGCCCUAUGCUGCUGCGCUGUCGCAAGCAAUUGUGUCGCAAGCCUGGGCCGUCCCCUUGGACACAAACGUGAAGCAGCGAUUGGCCGCCAAUGCCAGCUUUCUGUUGACUACAGCACGCAUCCAAAAAUUUGUGUGGAUGUAUGCCAAAUACUGGCACCCGAGCUGUGCUAUGGUCCAUCUUGCGUCGCUGCAAUUGGACACCAUUCCGUUACCUUUGUUGGCAGCCCUUGUGUUCAUGGGUGCAAUGUAUUCGAACGACGAACAGGAAACAUAUGCUGCCAAACAACUGUUAGACUUUGUGGAGCUUUAUAUCUUUUCGACCGAUGUUUUCUCCGCCGAAAGUGAUAUCGCCUCUAUGUUCCCCAAAACACGACCUGAUCUUCCUCACGAAGGGGACCAGUGGGUUCAUUUCUUGAACUUCCAAGCGGGAUUCAUCAUUUGCAUUGUGCAAUACUGGUCUGGCACUCGCAUGUCGCAUAACCGGGCCAUGGAAAAUCGAUUCAGUGAAAUAAUAAAGGUUGCUCGCCGAAUGAAUCUGACCAAGUGCCGCCACCAGCGCCCUGACAUUACGCCCGAGCAGCAAUGGAUUCAGACGGAGUGUCGCAUCCGGACUAUUUCCAUCAUCUCUCUGCUCGACUGUGCUUUUUGUUUCUUUCAGAAUUACCCAUGCCGUCUGUCGCAUGUGGAAAUGGACUGUGACUUUCCCUGCUCAGAGUCGCUUUUCAACCUAGAACAUCCAUACACAGACAUCGGAUUCCAAUACUCCCGGGGAUUCACCAUUAAAGAAGCUUUCCAAUCUCUAUUCGACGGCCCGAAUCUUCCAACCACAUCACUUCCGCUAUCUCCCGAUUCCACGACUAAUCCUAGCAGUAUUCUCCCUAAUAUGAGCAUUCUUGACAUGUUUAUCCUCAUCCACCUUCUUUACGCCUUCAUAAACACUUAUAUGACGCUUGCCUCACUCACGCGAAACACACAGCCCCCAAUCCAAUUCCAAGCCUCAGCCAGCCAGCCUCCGGACCCUGUAUCACCGGGCAAACCCCAGCCACAAAGCAUGCAGGAAGACUCGGUGCCAGGCUCCAUCCGCAUCGCACUAGCCCGGUGGCGCGAACAUUGGCAGACGCUGCAAAGUACCGUAUCGAAUCAUGAAUGGGCAUCGAUGGGGUUCUACAAGAACGGCUACAACUUCUGGUUGGUGUGUCGUCUGCUCAUCACUAAAAAGGACAGUAUGGACGUGGUCAUGGGGCUUGAGGUGAAGUGCGAGGACAAGUUGGAGAAGCUGAAGGUCUUGCUGAAUGAUGAUAAUGAUUGA